AUGGGGAACCAGCAAAGACAAAAUUUCAAUGCAGGUGGAUAUUUUGGAUUUCAGCAUGGCCAACCAUAUAAUUCACAACAGGGACAGUGGAGAAAUCACCCAGGAAACCAGUUCAACAAAGACCAAGGUGGUCCAUCUAACAGGCCACAAAAACAAGGGCCUAGUCUCUAUGAUCGAACAACAAAGUUGGAAGAGACUCUUGCUCAAUUCAUGCAAAUAUCUAUGUCAAAUCAAAAGAGCACAGAGUCUGCUAUCAAAAAUCUGGAAGUCCAAGUGGGACAGCUGGCUAAGCAAUUGGCAGACCGUCCGUCUAGCAGCUUUGGAGCUAAUACUGAGAAAAAUCCAAAGGAGGAAUGUAAAGUUGUCAUGACUAUAAGUAGAUUGGUGACCAUAAAUGCGAGUGAGAAUGGAAUAGGUGCAGAGAAACAACAGUUGGUGUCUAACUCAGCACUUGACCCUGUGGUAGAGUCUUUGAGUGAAUCUGAAGAAGAGUUGGAGGUAGAAGAUGAGAAGAAGAAGGAGACAACAUUAAAAAAGCUAGAGAUCACAAUGCCUUUUGGAGAGGCUCUCCAACAGAUGCCACUCUAUGCUAAAUUCCUGAAAGGCAUGCUAACUAAGAAGAACAAGUAUAUCCAUAGUGACACCAUAGUUAUGGAGGGAAACUGCAAUGUUGUUAUUCAACGUAUCCUUCUUCCAAAGCAUAAGGAUCCAGGCAGUGUCACUAUACCUUGUUCUAUAGGUGAAGUUUCAGUAGGUAAGGCUCUUAUUGAUUUAGGAGCCAGUAUUAAUUUGAUGCCGCUCUCCAUGUGCCGGAGACUUGGAGAACUAGAAAUAAUGCCUACUCGGAUGACCUUACAGUUAGCUGAUCGCUUCGUCACCAAACCCUAUGGAGUGAUUGAAGAUGUGCUGGUCCGGGUCAAGCAUCUCAUCUUUCCUGCUGAUUUUGUUGUAAUUGACAUUGACGAAGAUGCGGAUAUUCCUUAUGAGCUCGAGAGAAGUAAUUGGCACAAGGAGCUGACCAAUUUCAUGGAUGGGAGCAUGGAUGUUGCCAUUGUUAAGGAGUUCUAUGCUAACCUUUAUGAUCCUGAGGAAAAAUCACCUAAGCAAGUGAGGGUGAGAGGCCACUUAAUUAAGUUUGAUGAAGACGCCCUCAACACCUUCCUGAAGACACCAGUGAUCAUCGAGGAGAGGGAAGACCUCCCAGCUUACUCCAGAUUCUGUCGUUUGAGGCCAGAUCCAUAG